UCAUUCUCUCUCUCUCUCUCUCUCUCUCUCUCUCUCUCUCUCGGUCUCCCCAUUUUAUCGCUCUUUCUUUCUCGGAAAAAAAAAAUCAAGCAAAAAUGUCGAUGGAUUCUGUUGUUUCCAUUGGGUGGGAUGUCUUGAAGUGGGUAGUUGUUCCUGUCAAGCGCCAAUUCGGAUACGUGAUCUCCUCCAAGACAUACGCCCAGGAUCUUCAGAAGGAAGCAGGGAAGCUUGCGUACGAGGCUGAGCGGAUCCAGAAUGCCGUCGAAGUGGCCAGAAACAAUCUUCGGAUAGUCUACAGUCAAGUCACCGAGUGGCAAGAAAGUGCAGAGAAGACCUUGAAGGAGGCGGGAGAGAUGUUGGGAGAGUUCGAAAAGGCGAGCAAGAGUUGCUGCUACGGGACUCUUCCCGACCCCAGUUGUCGCUAUCAGUUCAGCAGGAAGGCCAAGGAUAAGAUCGAGCUCCUUCAGCGACUCGAUCGAGAAUGCAGUGAAUUCAGGGACAUCUCCUUCAUCGAUCCUGCUCCGGGGAAUGUCACUGCUCCGACUCUGGCCAGGAGAGAAGGCAAAGAUGUCGUCCACUCGACCACAGUGACAGCCUCCGCUCCUUCUGCCAGGGACGAUGGCAUCUUCGAAUCCAGAGCUUCGGUGAUAUGUAAAAUCAUGGCUGCUCUUGCCGAUAACACCAACAGCGUGGUCGGGGUUUACGGGAUGGGCGGGGUCGGCAAGUCCACUCUUUUGGAAGAGGUUGAAAGCAGAAUAAGGGAAGAGAGGUCGUUUGAUUGGGUUGCUAAGGCCGACGUGUCGGAAAAUCCAGACAUUAAGAGGAUUCAAGGAGAGAUCGCGCACGGGUUGGGCCUUAGUGACAUAAAGAAGGAAGAGAAUGUCAGCUUGCGAGCGAAGCUUCUGCGGGAGAGGUUGGAAGAUGAGGAGAGGACGAAACAAGAAAAUGAUGAGGAGAGGAAGAAGAAGAAGAAGAAGAAGGUGCUCAUAAUACUGGACAACUUGUGGGAGCCGCUGGACUUGAAAUCAGUCGGCAUUCCUUGCGGUCAUGAUAACAAAGUCAUAGGAUGCCAGUUGCUGUUGACGUCGAGAUAUCGAGAUGUCUUGCAAGCGGAAAUGGGCUGCGACGACCCCUUACUUCUUGAGGAGCUGCAGGAGGAGGAGGCAAGAAGAUUGUUUGAGAGUUAUGUCCGAGACAAAGUUCGCGAUGAAGAGUUCAAACCCUUGGUGGAGGAAGCACUCCAAAAAUGUGCAGGUUUGCCUUUCCUAAUUGUCCAAAUGGCCAAACUUCUUAAACACGCUAAUUUAUCCGGAUGGAAGAAUGUUUUAAAACAACUCAAGCUAUCUAAAAACGAGGGAAUUGGUGAGAAAGCAAAUAAGAUGUUGCAAUUGAGUUACGACCAUUUAAAAGGCGAGGAUGUGAAGUCACUGUUACGGCUCUGUGUUGUGUGUGGCGUCUCUAAGCCAUCUCUUGAAAAUUUGGUGAGAUAUGGCGUGGGUUUGGGGUUAUUUCGAGAAGACAAGAGCAUGGAAGAAGCUAGAGAAAGUUUGGCAUCAUCCAUCCGCACUCUUCAAGACUCCUCCCUCUUGUUAGAGGAUAGAGAUGUUCAUGGUUUCAAAAUACAUGACUUGGUUCGUGAGUUUGUUGCCUCGGUUGCUUCCAGAGAUAACCCUUUUCUUGUGUUGAAAGAGAAAGAUAGGUUGAUAACAGAGUGGUCGAAGGACAAGCUCAAAAGUUGUAGGGCAACAUGCUUUCCCUACGUUGACAUGGAGGAGCUUCCUGAAGAAAUAGAUUGCCCCGAAAUGCAGAUGUUUUUGUUGUUGACGAACAAUAAACCUCUUGAUGUUCCGGAUUCAUAUUUCAAUUCUAUGAGGAAACUCAUGGUCCUAAAUCUCACGGGGAUACAUCUCAUUCAUUCGCCAUUGUCGUUUCAACUCUUGGAGAACUUACACACUUUAUGUCCGGAUGACUGUUCAGUAGAGGAUGUAGCCAGUCUUGGCAACCUAAAAGGGCUACAAAUUCUCAGCUUUGCGAACUCCAAAAUUCAUCGAUUGCCGAAAGAAAUCGGGCAAUUGGUAGAGCUGAGGCUAUUAGACUUGAACCAUUGCUCGAGGCUUCAGGUAAUCGAACCAGGUGUGCUAGGAAGCUUGAUCAAAUUGGAGGAGUUAUAUGUGGAGAAUAGCUUUGAUCAAUGGAAUGCCAUGGAGCAAACUCCACCAAGUAAUGCCUGCCUUAUUGAGUUGAAUAACAUGAAGAAUCUCUACUCUCUACACGUAUCAAUUCCUGAUCCGAAUGUCUUGCCCAAGGAUUUAAACCUACAAAAAUUAACCAAAUACGGAAUCCAGAUAGGCAGUACAUGGCACUCGUCAAGCGAGUACAAAACAUCAACGGCAUUGAAGCUCAAGUUGAAUCCAGCGAAUGAUAUUCUCCACAAACGAUGUGUACGAACUAUCUUGGACAAAACUGAUGAUCUGUAUUUGGAUGGAUUGAACAAACCUAAAAGUAUUUGCGAGUUAUCCCUAGAAGGUUUUCCAAAAUUGAAGCAUCUACAUGUCGAGAAUGGUCCCUCCGUCCAUUACAUCCUCCAAUGGCCUUCCUCCACUGCUUUUAAGAGGUUGGAGUCAUUAGUUCUCGAAGAUCUAAUCAACAUGGAGAAGAUAUGCCACAGCCAUAUCUCGUCCACGUCCUUCCGUACAUUGAAAAAAGUACGAGUCAAGCGUUGUUUCAAAAUGGAAGUUUUGUUUCCUUGUUCAUUACUGAGAGAACUUCCACAGCUUGAAGAUAUCGGAGUUAUCGAGUGCGACUUGAUGCGGGAGAUUGGAGAAGCUGAUGAAGGUGGCAAAGUUGAGUUGCGUAAUUUGCGUGCAUUGGAGUUGCGUGACUUGCCAGGUAUAAAAAACUUUUUAUCCGCCGGGGGUGCUCCUUUGAGUAGUUCAUCAGAAAACCAAGCUGCCACUCAAGCUGUAUUUUUCAACGGGCAACAGGUUGCGUUUCCUCGCUUGGAGAUAUUAGAGAUCUAUGGCAUGGAUAAUAUCAAAACGAUAUGGGACAAUCAAGCUGCUGCGGAUUCUUUCCACAAUGUAAAAUCACUUGAUGUGUGGUCAUGCAAUAAGCUAGUGAACAUUGUUCCUUCUUGCAUUGUUGGACGGCUUUGGAGCCUGGAAAGUUUGGGUGUAUAUGAUUGUGGUUCACUUGAAGUUGUUUUUGAACUUCAGUCACUGAAUCCUCUAGAUGGGAAUCCUGGUGUUCGUUCCCAAUUAGAAAAACUGAUGUUAUAUGAAUUGCCACAGUUGAAGUGUGUAUGGGAUAAGGAACUCCACCAUCAAGUCAAAUUCCAGUGUCUCCAUUCUGUUACUGUUUCCAAUUGCAAGAGCCUCACCUCUCUAUUUCCAGCCUCAGUAGCGACAGAUCUUAUCCAACUUGAAGAGUUGGAGAUCAGUGCAUGUGGCAUUACAGAACUCAUCAAGAUGGAAGAACCACUGAGCAGAAAUGUGGAAGCCAUAGAAGACCCAAGUCAUGAGCUAUUACCCUCGUCAAGAUACUUUCAACAUCUAAAGACUCUAGAUGUGUCACAUUGUGAUGGUCUAUCAAGUAUGUUCACACCGACCAUGGCUAAAAACUUGGCGGAACUCACAGAGUUGAGGAUACGAAAUUGUAAAAUGUUGAAAGAAGUUAUUAGUGACGAUGGGGGUAAGGAGGGGUAUGCAGUGACUUUCAAUCAGUUGAAGCACAUACAACUUGAUGGGUUGACAAGGUUGAGUUGUUUUAGCUCAAGUGAAUACACUUUGGCGUUCCCUCUCUUGGAAGAUGUCAUAGUGAGUGGAUGUCCCAACAUGCAGUCCUUCUCUAAAGGACCAAUAGUUGCGCCAAAGCUGGAGAUAAUACAAGUAGAAACACAAGCAGAUCCAAAGCCUCAACAUGAAGUGUGGUUUUGGAAGGAAAACCUCAACACCACUAUCCAAAAUAUGUUUGAAGAAAUGGCUACGAUUGCUAGAGUAAAGUUUAUGUGGCUGUCUGAGUUCCCUGAGCUGAUUGGAAAGUGGCAUAGUGAACUCAAUCCCAUCAAGUCAUCUUGGCAAUUAGAAAGACUGGCGGUGGAUAAUUGUCCAUCAUUUGUUAACGCUAUUCCAUCCAAAUUGAUGCUUGUUUUAGAGAAAAUGACAAGGUUGCAAGUGUGCAAUUGCGAGUCUUUAGAAGAAAUAUUCGAUCUUGAAGGGCUUGAGCCUGUGGAAAUCACUCGGGUGCUGCCUCAGCUACGAGAUUUGGGCUUGGUCAAUCUACCGAAGUUGAGGCAACUAUGGAACAAAGAUCUUCAAGGAACGAUGCGCUUCAGUUCUCUAUUUUCUCUGACCCUUUAUAAUUGCAGCAACUUGAGAUAUGCUUUCACUCCAUCGAUGGCUCGAUGCCUUGCAAAUCUAGGCGCGAUUGAAAUAAAGGAGUGUGGUGAAAUGGAAGAAGUGAUCGCAGAGGAAGAAGGGCAGGUAAGCGUGGUGGAGAAGAUCACAUUCCCGAUGCUCUAUAUGAUGACGCUGGAAUGCUUGCCCAAUUUAACUAGUUUCCUCUCGGGAAAGAAUCAUACGCUGGACUGUCCUUGCUUAAUAGAGUUGACCAUUGCCCAUUGCCCCAAGAUGAGAAGUUUGGGUUGGCAUUCUUGUAUGGAGAUUGAUCACGGUACCCCUUCCCUCUUCACUCCACAGGUACAAUUUCCUCAGCUUGAGUCGAUAGUUCUCUCCCACAUGGACAAAUUAAGCAAAAUAUGGACCUGCGGCCCUCAAGGAACUUUCACUUUUAAAUACUUGCAGAAAGUGAAGGCUCGGAACUGUAAGAACCUUGAAAUUUUGUUUUCACAUUGGGUGGCUACAAGUCUAACCCAACUUGAGGAACUUCGAGUGGAGUCUUGUGGGCUCGAGGAAAUAAUCUCGACCGCGAGUGGAGACGACAGUCCACACUCUAUUGCUGCUCAAUUUCUUUUCCCAGUAUUGACUUCUACGGUAUUACAUGAUAUGCCACAACUAAAGAGCUUCUGCCCUAACUUGCUCACUUUGAACUGGCCAUUCUUGAAGGAAUUGCGAGUGACCCAUUGUGAAAAAAUGAAUAUGUUGUCCUUUCCGGCUCGGAAGAACCACCAUGAACAGCCCGAGCAACUCUGUUCCCCUGUUUCUGCUACUGCUUCGCUGCUCCUCUGUUCACUGCUGCUCGGCGUUGCUGUUGCGGCCUCUCGUUGCAACCGCAGCUCUGCCAUCUUGCCUCGACACCAGCAGUCGUCACACUGCAUCACUAGAUCACCGAACAACCCUGCAGCCACCGUGAACAAACCGAGGAAGUCUGGAGCACCAAAUCCCCUGUUCUGUCUGCUGCUGCUGCUGCUUCUGUUUGUAGCUCACAGCCGCUGCUCCGGCCACCCUCAGCCGCCACCACUAUCUCCUUCGACUUCCCUCAGACCUCCACCAGCCGUCCCCGUCGUCAACUCAGCCGUUCGCCGCCUGGAACAGUGGGAAAACAGCCACCACAGUCCUGCUUGCCCUACCCUGUUUUGGUCUCGGGGUAUGCCCUGUUCUGUUCUGGUUGUGACUACCCGAGCACCCUCCGGCCACCGUGAACCACCACCGACCACCUCAAACUGUCUCAAACUUUCCCCAAGCCCUCCGUCACACACCACCAGCCGUAGGUCACCAGAAGAGCCGCCUCAGCCACCGUCCGAAGUGCCUAGCUCGUUGCCCUGUUUCUCGGGUGUGCCCUGUUUUAUGGGCCAGCUAGCUGGGCCAUGGCCUGUUUUGACCUGGGCCGCGCCUGGAUCGUGUCCGGCCAAGUUGGCCGAGAGCCUGGACCAUGUGCCAGGCCAUGGCCGAGAUUCUGGGCUGAGUGGGCCGGCCAAGUUGGCCGAGGGCCUGGGCCAUGUGCCGGCUCUGUGGGCCAAUUUGGCCGAGAAUUUUGGCCUAUGGGCCGAGAGGGUUGGGUCAAUUGCUCGAGGUGUGUCCCAAGUUUGUGCUUGA